GAGAAAUCUUCCAAGAUCUCCACUUCAUAAAAUUUCUCGUCGGCUUGGCUAUUAAUUCUUGCAAUUGAUUGAUCAAGCAGUUAGAUUUAGCAAAUGAAUAACAAAAGCAGCAUUUCCAUCUCGUUUUAAAACUAAACCUCUAAACUAAAAUUUUCUUUAGCGGACCUUUCCUUCUCAGACUUUGGCUUUAGUCGGAGAAAGUGUGAGUUGAAAUUCAAUGGCUUCAACUCAAGUGAUAGGGGCAACAACAGUGCAUGUGGAAAGGAAGGAAUUUCAUCUGAGUUGCUCCAUGCAUCCAAUUUCAUCGCCGACUUACAAUUGGUUGGAUCCCACAGCAAGCUUUUUGAUCACCGUUUAUAGUCCAAAGUUAUAUACUAAAGAUUUCAGAUACUGCGAUUCUGCUGAUAUAAUGUUGAUGAUCAUUGGCACAGUUGGUGCUGUUGGGAAUGGUUUAAGUCUGCCCUUGAUGACAGUAUUUCUUGGGGAUAUGAUUGAUGCUUUUGGAGAAAAUCAGAAUAACAAGGAUGUGGUGCAUGUAGUUUCCAAGGUGUCUCUAAAAUUUGUCUACUUGGCAGUGGGAUCUGCUGUAGCUUCAUUUCUCCAGGUGGCUUGUUGGAUGGUCACAGGAGAGAGACAGGCUGCACGGAUAAGGGGUUUAUAUUUGAAAACUAUAUUGAGGCAAGACAUAGCAUUCUUCGAUAAGGAAACAAACACUGGAGAGGUAGUUGGUAGAAUGUCUGGUGACACUGUUCUUAUACAAGAUGCUAUGGGAGAGAAGGUAGGAAAAUUUGUACAGCUUGUAUCAACGUUCAUUGGAGGAUUUGUAAUAGCAUUUGUCAAGGGGUGGCUUCUUACCAUUGUCAUGUUAUCCUCUCUUCCCCUGCUUGUGCUAGCAGGUGCAGCCAUGUCCAUCAUGAUGGCUAAAAUGGCAUCUCGUGGACAAAAUGCUUAUGCAAAAGCAGCAACUGUAGUUGAGCAGACUAUUGGCUCAAUAAGAAUUGUCGCAUCAUUUACUGGAGAAAAGCAAGCCAUAAGUAAUUAUGAGAAGUUUCUUGUCACAGCUUACAAUGCUGGUGUUCAUGAGGGUUUCUUCAGUGGAUUGGGUCUUGGCCUAUUCACACUAAUCAUUUUCUGCAGUUAUUCCUUAGCAAUAUGGUUUGGAGGAAAGAUGAUUCUGGAAAAAGGAUACACAGGUGGUGAAGUGAUUAACGUGAUCAUUGUUGUGUUGACUGGCUCCACGUCCCUAGGGCAGGCAUCUCCCUCCAUGACUGCAUUUGCAGCUGGGCAAGCUGCAGCUUAUAAGAUGUUUGAGACUAUCAACAGAAAGUCAGAGAUUGACGCUUAUGACACAAGGGGAAAGAUAUUGGAUGACGUCCAGGGAAAUAUAGAGUUGAGGGAAGUAUAUUUCAGUUACCCAGCUAGGCCAAAUGAGCAAAUAUUUACGGGAUUCUCUCUUUCCAUCCCAAGUGGCACAACUGCAGCUUUGGUUGGACAAAGUGGAAGUGGGAAGUCAACAGUGAUCGGUCUGAUAGAGAGAUUUUAUGAUCCACAAGCUGGUGCAGUUCUCAUAGAUGGCAUUAACCUCAAAGAGUUUCAGCUUAAGUGGAUUAGGAAUAAAAUUGGACUCGUAAGCCAGGAACCUGUGUUGUUUACAUCCAGCAUUGGGGAUAAUAUUGCAUAUGGAAAAGAUGAAGCAACCAUUGAAGAGAUAAGAGCUGCAGCUGAACUUGCCAAUGCUGCUAAAUUUAUUGAUAAGCUACCUCAGGGACUAGACACCAUGGUUGGUGAGCAUGGAACUCAGCUGUCUGGUGGGCAGAAGCAGAGAAUUGCAAUAGCAAGAGCAAUCCUAAAAGAUCCACGAAUUUUACUUUUAGAUGAAGCUACAAGUGCACUUGAUGCAGAAUCUGAAAGGAUAGUCCAGGAGGCAUUGGACAGGAUUAUGGUCAACCGAACAACUGUUGUUGUUGCCCAUCGUCUAAGUACAGUUAGGAAUGCUGAUAUGAUUGCUGUCAUUCACCAUGGAAAAAUGGUUCAAAAAGGUUCACAUCCAGAACUACUUGUAGAUCCUGAUGGAGCAUACUCUCAGCUUAUUCGGUUACAAGAAAUAAAUCAAGAUUCGGAACAAGCUGCGGAUGAGAAUAAAGGAUCAGAGAUUUCUUCAGAAUCCUUUAGACGGUCAAGUCAAAGAAAUUCAUUGCAAAGGUCCAUUAGUCGAGGAUCAUUUGGAGUUGGAAAUAGCCAUCGCCAUUCUUUCUCAGCCUCAUUUGGUUUACCUACAGGAAUUAAUGUUUCUGAUCCCGAAAUUUCUCUACAACCAAAACAAACUCCAGAGGUCCCAAUCCGCCGCCUUGCAUAUCUCAACAAGCCUGAGAUACCUGUUCUUGUAGCUGGAUCUAUAGCUGCAAUUAUCAACGGUGUAAUAUAUCCUCUUUUUGGUAUCCUAAUUUCUAGAGUGAUUAAAGCAUUUUUCAAACCAGCUCAUGAGUUGAGGAAGGAUUCAAAGUUCUGGGCAAUAAUAUUUAUGAUAGUUGGCAUUGUAUCAUUUUUGGCGUGUAUAACACAGUUAUAUUUAUUUUCUGUGGCUGGGUCUAAGUUAAUCCAGAGGAUUAGAUCAAUGAGUUUUGAGAAGGUGGUCCAUAUGGAGGUUGGGUGGUUUGAUGAGCUUGAGCACUCAAGUGGCACAAUUGGCGCUAGGCUUUCAGCUGAUGCAUCAACAGUGCGUGCUCUGGUUGGAGAUACAUUAGCUCAGAUGGUUCAAAACAUUGCUUCAGCAGUAGCAGGUCUGGUCAUUGCCUUCACCGCAAGUUGGCAAUUGGCCUUCAUUAUUCUUGCACUAAUUCCCCUCAUUGGAAUUAAUGGAUAUGUUCAAGUAAAGUUCAUGAAAGGCUUCAGUGCAGAUGCAAAGAUGAUGUAUGAGGAAGCGAGCCAAGUUGCAAAUGAUGCCGUAGGGAGUAUAAGAACUGUUGCCUCUUUCUGUGCAGAAGAGAAGGUGAUGCAACUAUAUAGAAAGAAAUGCGAAGGCCCUAUGAAGACAGGAAUAAGGCAAGGGCUUAUCAGUGGAAUAGGAUUUGGAGUAUCUUUCUUCUUGCUUUUUUCUGCCUAUGCAACCAGUUUCUAUGCAGGAGCUCAACUUGUCAAGCAUGGGAAAACAACAUUCUCAGAUAUUUUUGAAGUUUUCUUUGCUUUAGUCAUGGCAGCUUUGGGAAUUUCUCAAUCAAGUUCCUUUGCUCCUGAUUCCUCCAAGGCUAAGAAUGCUGCUUCUUCCAUAUUUUCAAUUUUAGACGACAAGUCAAAGAUAGAUCCAAGUGAUGAGUCAGGAAUUAAAUUAGAGAAUGUAAGAGGAGAAAUUGAACUUCUUCAUGUAAGCUUUAGGUAUCCAUCUAGGCCAGAUAUUCAAAUAUUCGAGGACCUCUGCUUGGCUAUUCAUUCUGGCAAGACUGUGGCUUUAGUUGGAGAAAGCGGAAGUGGGAAAUCAACUGUCAUCUCACUGUUACAAAGAUUUUAUGAUCUGGAUUCUGGUCAUAUAACACUUGAUGGUGUUGAAAUUCGAAGGUUGCAACUUAAGUGGUUGAGGCAGCAGAUGGGGCUUGUGAGCCAAGAACCAGUCUUGUUUAAUGAUACAAUCCGUGCCAACAUUGCAUAUGGGAAGGGUGGAACUGCAACUGAGGCAGAAAUUUUAGCUGCAUCAGGGUUGGCCAAUGCACACAAUUUCAUUAGUAGCUUACAGCAGGGAUAUGAUACAGUUGUAGGAGAGCGGGGAGUCCAAUUGUCCGGAGGGCAAAAACAAAGGGUAGCCAUUGCUCGUGCUAUAGUAAAAAAUCCAAAGAUACUGCUAUUAGAUGAGGCUACAAGUGCUUUAGAUGCUGAAUCUGAGAGAUUAGUUCAAGAUGCAUUAGACCGAGUAAUGGUGAACAGGACCACAGUCGUUAUAGCCCAUCGAUUAUCUACAAUCAAGAAUGCAGAUGUUAUUGCAGUUGUUAAAAAUGGAGUUAUUGUAGAGAAAGGAAAGCAUGAUUCUUUGAUCAAUAUCAGAGAUGGUUUCUAUGCUUCCUUAGUGGCACUUCACAUGAGUGCCUCAACUGCGUGAGUUACUAACCUUUCUCAUUUUUCCCCUCCUUGUAAUGAUAUUUCGGUGAAGAGUUGCUGUCUUCUCUUCUCCAAACAGAAAGCAAUAUAAUAUAUAAAUGCCGUAUUCUCUUAUGUAAUUUAAAAUUUUAUAUGAAAUGCUAAUGGCAUUUUGCAAAAA